AUGAAAUCACAACCAGUGACAGAAGAAUUACAUUCUGUUUUUAUUCUUUUAAAAAAUAUUUGUUCAGACAUGAUGAGUUUUUUUCUAAGCAUUGCAGCCAUCAUACUACUGGCAGAAAUUGCUCUUGGAAGCUUUGCCAAUGUUUUCAUUGUUCUGGUGAACUGUACUGACUGCAUCAAGGGAAGAAAAAUCUGCUUAGCUGAUCGAAUUCUCACUGCUCUUGCCAUCUUUAGGGUUGGCUUCCUUUGGGUAAUACUAAGUCAUUUGUGCUUAAUUAUGUUUAACUCAGCUUUAUCUUUACAAGUAAAUUUUAGUGUUUGUGUUGUCUGGGCACUAACCAGCCAUUUUAAUACCUGGCUGGCAACUAUACUCAGCAUAUUUUAUUUGUUGAAGAUAGGUAAUUUCUCUAAUCUUAUUUUUCUUCGCCUGAAGAGAAAAAUUAACAGUGUUGUUUUAGUUGUGUUUUUGGGGAGUUUGGUGCUUUUCUUUCCUAAUCUUAAGAUAGUCCCCAUAUGUGAGGAAAUUCAAAUGAAUGGGCACAAAGACAACUUGACUGCAAUGACCAAACUGACUUAUGUCAACAACCUUACAGCUAUGAUGAUAUUCACUCUAGACAAUGUCCUUCCCUUCAGCACAUCCAUGAUCUGUUUUCUCUUGCUAAUCUACUCUCUGUGCAGACACCUUAGGACAAUGAAGCUUUACGGAAAAGGAUCCGAAGAUCUCAGUGGUUUGGCACACAUUAAGGCUUUGCGUGCUGUGAUCUCCUUCCUGUUGUUAUUUUCCAUGUUCGUUCUGUCUCUUUUCAUAUCAGUUUACAAUUUUGCAAAGUCUCCGGAUGAUAUAGUCCAUGUGGUUUGCCAGGUUAUUGGAACCUUGUAUCCCUCAAGCCAUUCCUACAUCCUGAUAUGGGGAAACAGGAGGAUCAAAGAGGCCAUUGUGAUGGCAAUGAGACAGGUGAGGGAGAGGCUUUGGCCAGUGGCACAGAGACCUUAA